CAAGGAGAUUAAUGCGGAAGCCAAAAGGCAGCAGCAGCCGCUGCAACAAGGGUCGCAGAAGUUUCUGAAACUACAAAAAUAUAAAGACAACAUUAAGAGACAAUCAUGAACAGCAAAGAUUUUGUAGUUAUUCCCUGGGGAAAACCUGGACAUUCUGUAAAACUAAAAUAUAAACAUGCUCAGGAACUGAAAAUGGAGAAAAUUCAGCUAGAACUAGAGAAUCAAAAGAUGGAAAAGAAAAUACAAGAGUUCCAAGCCACAUGGAACAAAGGAAGAGAAGAUAUUAAGGAAAAUGGAUAUCACUGGAAAUCUGGAAAGUUGAGCAAAUUGAGUAACCAGUCAUACAUGAUGUCACAAAGUAAAACGAAUGCCACUAAGCUCUCUGCUGGAAAAGUGAAAUUGAAGUUACUAAAGGAACAGACUCAAGCACCAUCGAAACAACCAGGUAAUUACACAAUGGCACAUUCUAUUGGAAGUGAAAAGCCCAAGACUAAGAGGAAAGUUUGUGGACAGUGUGAGAACAAAGCUGCUCUCCUUGUAUGCCUGGAAUGUGGCGAAGAUUAUUGCUCAGGCUGCUUUGCUAAAAUGCACCAGAAGGGGGCACUAAAGUUCCACAGAACAACUCUUUUGCAGCCAAAAUCUCAAAUCUUAUCCAGCGUUUUAGAUGCUGCCCAUCAAUUUAUCAAGGAAGCAAAUCCACCCAGUGAAGGGAGUAAUUCUGCAGAGGCAUCCAGUAAAAUCCAGCAUAGACCCAAAACCCCACUUCUUCAGGAGAAUAGCUCUGAGGUUGAAACUACAGCAGCCGAAGGAGGAGAAGGUUUCAAGCCCUUGUGUGAAAUGCCUUUUGAUGAAGAAGCGUCUGCCCAGUUAUUCCAAGAAGCCUUAACUCAGUGGAGAGCUGGAAAUCAGGAGGAAAACAUGCAACAGAAAGGACAUGAAAAAAAUCCAAACUCAGUGGAAGAAUGUGAAGUACAAACUAAUUUGAAAAUUUGGACAGAACCAAUUAAUAUCGAAUUUUCAGAAGACAGUCUGUCAUACAUGGAAAAAUUAUGGCUUAAGAAACACAGGAGAACUCCACAGGAACAACUUUGUAACAUGCUCCCAAACACAUUCACACAUCCGCGUGGGGCUACUGCAGAGGCACAGUGCACUAAGAAUGAAAAUGAUGCUGACAGUGAUGUUGAGGAGAUCAAAGUAAAACAUCCACCCCUUUUUAUGCCAGUAGAAAAAGUGAAUAUAGCGAGACCUCCACCAUCUGUAACAAUAGUAGAACUGGAUAGUACUCACAAAGAAGAAUUUGAAGAACCAGAGAAUGCAGUGCCUUACAGAGUUGAAUUGGCUGGUGCAGAGAGUCAACUAAGUUCUACAUUUCCCGAUCAUCUGAAUUGCUUUUCUUGUGAAAAUGGCAUUCAUCAACAUCUUGUUUUCAACAAGGGAAAAACAGAUAUAUUAAAUUUUUGUUUAAGAACAAACUCUACAUGCCACAAGGCUGACUUAAAAGCAACAGAAUCUUCAAACACAGACUUUGUUAACACUGUGGAGUUGGGUAUUCAUUCUGAUGAGUUCCAAAACCUAGGAGAAACCAUCUCUUUUGAGAAAAAUGUAAUGGAGAAAAAUAUAUACCCAGGAAAUAACCAAAAUUCUGUUGAUUCCUGCAUGCCAAUUGCGAGCAAGCGUUCCUUGUCAACCAUAAAUUUAACUACAUCUUUCAUGGAUGAGAAUUUAUCUCUAGACAUCAUCAGGUCGUUGGAAUGCAGCAAUCUAAAUGAGAGGCCAAACUUAGAAGAUUCAAACACUGCAAAGCCACCACUGUUGUUACAAGAAAUAGCCCUCAGAAAAAAACCUAUAAAUGAGCCAUAUCAAGGACUUGAGAAGUUCUUUACUCCUGAUAAAAAUGAAAGACUGGACUCUCUUCCUUCAUCAAGCAUAGAUUGCUGCGAUUCCUGUUCCGGGAUAACAGUCACAGAAAACAAAGUAUGGAUCCCAGACAGCAGCUUAAAUAGGCAUGCUGGUAUUCAAGGUGCCUUGUGCGAUCUGCAGAGUGAUAAAAAUCUUCUUCCAAAUAUGCAACGGCAAAAGACAGGCCAAACCGCACAGAGACCUGCAACAGUGCAUCUCCCUGUUUCCAGAUCCACUCGAAAUGGUUCCAGCCACCAUUUGUCCUCUUAUCCUCGACCAAAAACUGCAGCUGUUGAAUCCCUAUCCAAAGCUGCCUCUGAAAUUUCAGAAAUUGAGUACAUUGACGUCACUGACCAGAAUGAGGUUUUCGGAGAUCCGACUGCUGAUCAACAAGCCUUAGACACUUUGGAGAAAGAAUUAAAUGUGCUGAGAAACCUGUCAGGUCCUUCAGAAAAACUUCACUGUCUACCAUUAGAAGAUUUAAGUCAGGUGUCCAAAGACCUCCUUGGGAUAUUAUGUGAGAGUGACCCCUAUGGAACUGAGUUCAGCUCUUCUGGAAGAAAUACCGAAAUGCAGUCUUUGCUGUCAACUGGUGAUUACAGUACAGACGAGGAAGAGGAAGAUUUUCUUGACAAGCAACAUGUCAGUACACUACCCUGGGCGAAGAAUGUAUAACAGCUCAUUACUUUUCCAUUUUUACCCAGAAUAAACCGAACAACUGAGUGAUUAACUUGCCCAGGUAUUGAAGAUUAUUAAUGACUCUGCUGUUUCUAAGCUUGUAAGCUAAUAAAGAUUAGUGAUGUUAUAAGCUUAAGGUCCUUUUCUUCCAGAUAGCAUAUUGUAUGCCAAACCCUCAUCUAUAUUGCAGAUUGCACUGGGAAUGUGUAAAUCUAUGUCAAUGAAACUUAACGUAGGACAGAACAGGGGUGUUUUUAAGCUAGUUAAUGUUUCCUAUUUACUUAUAUUGGACAUACUUAUGUCAAAAAAGUAUUCUAUGAGCAUGGCAUCACAAUAUCAGCUGAGCUUGAAAUUACAGUGCUUUCAUCUGUGAAGAUUUUUUGAAACUGCAUAAUGGCAGUUCUAGUCAUUUUUUUUUUUUAAGGUAGGGGAGCAGGGGCUUUCUCUGACAUGAACUCAGUAGCAGGCUCUCUGAGCACCACCCCCUGAGAGGUGCAGCCUUGCUAGGCCACAGAGGGAGACAAUGCAAUCAGUCCUGAUCAGAACCUGAUAAGCUAGGGUCAGAUAGAAGGGGAGGAGGGACUUCCCCUAUCAGUGGACUAGGGGAAGGGCAUCGAGGGAGAAGGGUGGAAUUGGAAGGAGAAGAGGAAGGAGGCCACAGCGGGAUACAAAUUGAAUAAAUUGUAAUAAAUGAUAAUUUAAAAAAAAUUGCAAAAAAAUCUUAAAUGCACAUGAAUACUUAUAAAAAUAAGUCAUUUCAGUAGUUUACAGUAAUAUCUUCAUUGUAUAUUUUAGCAUAAAUUAAUCUUAUUAUUUUUGAUCAUUUUUGUGUUUGAAAUAAUUGUUAGUAAUUCACAGAUCACUGUCAAUGGACUGCAUUAUUCUGUAUAAUCGAUUUAGAUUUAUUUGGUAAUACUCAUAAUGAGCACAACUUUAUACUAUACUGGUUUGAAAUUAUCUAUACUUGCUUAUAAUAUCUUUAGCAUAACACAAAACCUGCUAUGUUGUUACCAUGAGGAUACUGAAUAAAGUUGUAGUAAACAAAACAAACAAACAAAACGUCAAAGCAUCUUAGUUUGGGACAGUCCAUGAACUGGAAGAUUUCCUGCACCUGUUUGGCUAGUCAUCAGGCCUCAGACAUUAUUGCAGACAUUUCUGGGAAACUAAUUUCUGAUGAAAGUAGAAGUUUCAUCAUUAGAUAUUGAGUAAAUCAGCUUGUUCUGGAUGAUGUGAGUAGGAUUUGUACAUAAUUUAAGAAUAAAUAUUUUCCUCUAAAGGAGAGGAAAUUCUGCCUUCAGGCUCUCUUUGGCAAGAGCUUCAGGAGCGGUUCUUUUUGGGGUCUCCAGGCUGCCCAUAUGCGAUUUGGAGUUAGUAGUGUAACUGUGUGAAUUGACCACAUUUCCACACCAUCUUUCAGUCACACACCCUCCAAACCCAUUCCCCCCCACGCCCAUACACAUAUAAACACACAUACACAGGUAUGCAUGCUCCAUCACCACCUACAUUGCUCUCAUGCCUCUAGACAACCAUAAUGGAGGCUAUUUGAAAGGUGGUCACUAGUGUCAUAGGAAAUAAUUUAUUAAUUAUUUCUUGCUGCUGUGUUGCAGUUCCAGAUCUUGGUUUGUGCCGCUGUCUGGUAGUUGACAUGAUAUUAUAAUUGACAUAUUUAAAAGAUGGCAAGGAAAGCCCCGGAGGAUAGUAGAGUAGUUGACACUAACUGAUGUUUUACAGUGGUUCCCCCUGAAUUUUAGACUUUAUUGAUUUAAGAAAAAGAAUCAUUGACAUUUGGUUGUACUUUUUCCACAUAUGUCAUGCCUAAGGUUCAAAUUCUCUUGCUAUUCUGUUAUUCUAGAAAGUAUCCCUUUAUAUGGGGCCACAAUGUAAUUUUAUCUUUGCCACUUUCACUAUUGGACCAAUAUUAAAGUGGAAUCAGUACAUAUUCUCUGGUAGGCUUUAGCAAUGGUAGAUACAGAGCACAUAAUUUCUGUGACUACUAACAUUAAAAUAUCUCUCAUUAAAUGUGAUUAACAUACAUAAACAAUAAGCAUUCAGGAAAGCCAGUCAUAUUACCAGAAUAGA